UAAGUGCACUCUAACAUACAGAUAAGGAAAUGAAUUAGCUGAUAAAUAUAUUGUAUCAUUUGUGAUCGCGCAGACGAAGAGACAAAACAUGACUAUUCGUUGGGGCAUUGUUACUUCUGGUAAGAUUACGCAUGACUUUGUCAAUGCUGUCAACUCUUGUCCUAAGAAAGGUGAUCAAGUAAUAGCUGCUGUUGCUGCACGAAAUAAAUCGAGGGCAGAAGAGUUCGCAAAAUUGCACAAAAUUGCCAAAGUUUAUGACUCGUAUGAAGAUAUGGCAAAGGGAAAUGAGAUUGAUGUUGCCUACAUUGGAGCUUUAAAUCCAGAUCACUAUCGCCUUUCCAAAAUGUUCCUCGAAUGUGGUAAGCACGUACUUUGCGAAAAACCGUUAUGUUUGAACUACAAAGAAACCGAAAGCUUAAUCAGUAUUGCAAGAAAGAAAAAACUCUUUCUAAUGGAAGCUAUUUGGUCACGGUUUAAUCCAUUAUACAUAUCAUUGGAAAAAGAAAUCCAGUCCAAUAAUCUAGGCGACUUGCAAUUCGUCGAAGUAAACUUUGGAGUUUUAAUUGCAGAUGUUGACAGAUUAAGUAAAAAAGAACUCGGAGGUGGUGCUGUUCUUGAUAUUGGUAUUUACGCACUGCAGUUUGCACAAUUCAUUUUCAAAGAUGAACCAAUUAAAACAACUGCAGUUGGAGAAUUGAAUGAUGAUGGAGUGGAUCUAAUAGAUACGAUUAUUCUUGAAUAUGAAGGCGGAAGGCGUGCUGUCAUCAAUUUACAUACAAAAGCUAAACUUUGGAAUAAAGCAACUGUUGUUGGAAGCAAAGGAAGAGCCACGAUAGAAGAGCCGUUCCACUUUCCUCUAACUUUGACACAUGUCAAUGGUAAACAAGAAAAAAUAACACUACAUUCUUCAAAACAUGAAUACAAUUUUGAAAAUAGUGCUGGCCUUGUUUAUGAAGCUAUAGAAGCGGCACGUUGUAUUAAAGCAGGUUUAAUAGAAUCGCCACGCCUUACUCACCAAGAUACCUUGAUUCUAGCCAAGCUCAGAGAUAUUGUUCGGAAACAAGUUGGGGUACACUUUGAUGUCGAUUAAUAAUUAAUAAUUGUUAUGUAUUAUAUAUUUAGUAAUAAUAUUUUGCAAUAAAUUUAUUUUAUCAAUAUAUUGUUAAUAAAUGUGAAUUAUCGAUCUAAAUUGUUAUAGAAAAAUCUAAAUAUACUUUAUUAACAUUGAAAUUACUGAUUGUGAAAUUAUUAUUAAGGUGGAAUGUAGGUUACAAAAUCGUAAAAAGUGAAUUUUUUUUUUCUUUAGCUUUAUACGAUUAAAUUUAUAUAUUCGUUGAAUUUCAAGGUGCUGUAUGAAAAUCGACGCAAAUCCAACACUACUUGUAUAUGUACUUAUACUGUACGUUUUUUAACGUCUAUAUUAAUUUUGUGCAAAGUAAUGGAACAUUGUCGUAAGCCUCAAUAGUAUAAAUACACAUAAUCGACGUAAUUAUUAAUAAAAUAAAACAAAAACACUGAAUACGAAAUAAUUAUAUAUUUCAAUGCAACGAUGUCGCUAAAUUUAUAAAUUAUACAGGAAAUAAUAAAAACAUUAAAAUUAUUGACAUUAUAAUAAAUAUGGGCAGGUGUAUAUGUAUGUAUAUCUGAAUGCAUAUUCGUGAAUGUUAAUUUCCUCUUACGGAUAUAUUUUUAAGAACACUAAUUUUAAUUAUGUACAUUUUACAGCAAAUUUAUUCGACGGAUAACAUCUAUCGAAUCCGCUUCAGUCUCAUUAUGUACAUAAUAAGUAAGGCAGAUGCAUAAUGAGCACAAUCAAUGAAAAACAAUUGUAUUUACUUUGUAAGCAUUAUUACCAAUAUAAUAUUGAACAAUAAUUUAAUUGGUUUUCAACAAAAUAAAAGUGCGGUUUAUUUGUAAAUGUUGAAAUUUUACUUUUCGAAUACAAUAUAUUAUAUUAGGUUUUUGUUUAACAUUUUUUCUAAACGUAAAAUAAUCAUGAAUAACGAUGUCAAGUAUGUAAUUGAAAUACCGUUGAACCAAACAGUUCGUUAUAAAACGGAAACCAUAAAACAGUGUUGUAUUAUCCACAAAUCAACGGCGGCUUUCUUUACCCUCAUCACGAAUUUAACAAACAGACCAAUUUUAACUUUAUCACAUGAAGUUAAGGCAUAAUUUUGCGUGGGAGGCCUCUGACUAAAGAAGCGCAGAGGUAUAUUUUGGUUUGUCAUAAUGUAGUUUAUGGAUCAUUGUCUUGUUCCGAAUGUUUUUAUUUUCUUGAUGUUAAAUUCUUCUAUAAAAUAUGAAAUUUCAUAAAUGGCAUUUGCUAAAAUGUAUUUUUACCUACAAAUAAAAACCUUAACUAUUA